UCUUCCCCAACCAUCUUUCCCGCCACAUCCUUGGCCUUCCUCAUUAAUUUCUCUCUCCUCCAUCCCUCCCCCUUCUUCUUUCUUCUUCUUUUCUUCUUCUUCUUUUUCUUGUUUUAGAUCCUUCUAUAAGAACCCAGAUCUAGGUUCUAGAUCUGGUUUUCUAAAAGAACCUAAUCCUGGGUUCUCUUUGGCUUCCGAUGAGCCUAGUGAAUUAGAGCUCAUGUGUUGCUUCAAUCGCUCGUGGGAGCUCCGUUGACGACGGUAGAGAGGCCCUGGGACCCGCCGCCGAUAGAUGACAGUUUGGUCAGGGCUUUUCCUACUGGUAGGAACCUCCAGAACGCCCUAAACUUCCUUAUCCACCAUGUUUUCAUCUCCCCGUUCCUCCGCUAUGUCCAGACUGCAUCUUAGGUCGUCUCCGCUCUCUGCGCCACGGAUGACGAUCCCAUCACCCUGUCCUCCCGCGAUGUCGUUCUUAUUGACACUACCAAGCUGAAGGUUUUUCUGAUCUCAUCACAUAAUAGUACGGCAAUCACAUGAUGGAAAAUUUUGAUUUAUGAUUUUAAGGGAGAUGUUGGAGUUUGUAACUGGGGGUGUCUGUGAGAAUAUCAGUGGCAGGAAGACUGUAGUGGAAAAAAUAAAGAUGGGUUUGAGGGAGAAAAAUUAUCUUCUCAUACUAGAUGAUGUCCAGAAUGAGCAAAGAUGGAAGUGGGAGAAUUUGAGGGAUUGUUUGUUGGGAAUGAGUGAAAUCAAGGGGAUGAACAGGGUUGUUGUGACCACUCGAAGUGAAAAUGUUGCAUUGAUGAUGGGAGCACUUCAUGAAAACUUGUAUCGCCCCAAGCCACUAGCAGAUGAAGAGUGCUGGAGUCUUAUCAAGCAGAGGGCGUUUGGAAGCUCUUCAGUACCUCUAGAGUUAGAGGUUACUGGGAGAGAGAUUGCUAGAAAAUGUAGAGGUGUGCCAUUAGUUGCAAACCUUAUAGGAGGGACUUUACACGGUAGAAGGGACAAAGAUGAGUGGCUGUCACUUGAAAAAAUGAAUGCAUGGAAUUCACUGGAAAGAGAUAAUGGGAUCUUCUGUAUGCUGAAAUUAAGUUUUGAUCGCUUACCUGAACCAGCUUUGAAGCAGUGUUUUGCAUUUUGUUCCAUUUUUCCAGAGGAUGUUGCCAUGGAGAGGGAGAUGUUAAUUCAACUUUGGAUGGCUGAAGGUUUUCUUCAGCCAUGCCAAGAAAGUUCUAUAAUAAUGGAGGAUAUUGGUAACAAGUAUUUCAAUGACUUGUUAUCAUAUUCACUAUUGCAGGAGGAAGAAAGGGACUCUUUGGGGAAUGUUAGAACUUGCAAAAUGCAUAAUUUAGUUCGUGAUCUUGCACUGUCUGUUUCAAAAUCAGAGGCAGUGAUUUUGGAGACUCACUCUAGGAGCAACAUUUCUAAUGUUCGGCAUUUGAAUCUCAUUUGUGGUGGCGAAACAAUGCCAACAAUUUUAGGAGAUGUUGCUCCAAAGCUACACACUUUGUUUUCAAAACAUGGUUUUUCUGGUGGUGUGCAAGUGGAUCUGAAAAGGUUACGGGCUCUCAGUUUUGUUGAUGCUUCUGAUGCAAAAGAAUUGCCAACUUGUUUUGGAAAGUCAAAGAGUUUGAGGUAUUUAGACAUUUCAGGAACUCAAAUAAAAGAACUGCCCAAGUUCGUUACCAGGUUGUAUAACUUGCAGACAUUGAGAUUCAUGAACUGCAAAUAUCUGAAAAUGCUUCCGGAAGGAAUAGGGCAUUUAAUCAACUUAAAGCACAUUUACUUCAGUGAUGAAGAACAGAUGCCUGCACACAUUGGGAGAUUAACCAGUCUUCAAACACUGCAGUUGUUCUUUGUGGGUAGGGAAGAUGGACGCAAGAUUGAAGAACUGGGAAGCUUAAGCAGACUCAAAGGAAGAUUAGAGAUUCGCAAUCUUCAGCUUGUUAAAGACAAAUCAGAAGCCAUGACGGCAAAAUUACAUGAGAAGGCAGUUGAUGAGUUGGAGCUAAAAUGGAGACAAGGCACUCAUCAAAAUGAUGAAGAUGUAUUGGAAGGCCUUGAACCUCACUCAAAUCUGCAAACAUUAACUAUUGAAGGUUAUGGAGGUAAAAACUUGCCAUCAUGGAUGUCAAAGAGCAGUGAAUCGUUCUCACUCAGCAACUUGUUAAAGCUGACAAUUAGAGGCUGCAGGAAGUUAAAGAGCAUUCCAUUGAUCAACGGGCUACCAUCUUUGCAGCUGCUUACUAUUGACAACUGUUCUGAAUUAACUAGUAUGGAUGAUGAUGGAGCAUUUGCUUUCAUGUCCCUUACAAAAUUAGUCAUAAAAUCCUGUCCUAAGUUGAAAAAUGUUCCAGAGAGGGGCCUCUCAUCACUUACUGAGUUAGUCAUUGAGAAAUGUGACAGUCUGGAAUGUGUUCCAGUCAGCAGAUUAUCGUCCCUUCGAAAACUCCACAUUAGACUGUGCACGGUGAGGAGUAGCAUGGGAGACAGGCUACCCACAUGCCUUGAAGAUUUGUAUCUUUAUGGAUGUCCUAAUCUGAGCUUUAUUCCGGGUUUAGACGGUCUUGCCUCUCUUAAAAAUGUAGUAGUUGUGGGCUGCGGUGGAUUAGAGUACCUACCAAGUGGCCUGUCAUCCUGCACUGCUCUUGAGGUGCUGACGGUGAGCAAUUGUGAUAACCUGAUUUCCAUUCCAAAAGAAGUACAGGAACUGCAGUCUCUUGUUGAAUUAAAAAUUGAAUUUUGUCCAAAAUUGAGGAGCCUCCCUGUGGAGAUUCUUGACUGCCUUGGUAACUUGAAGAGAUUGUCAAUUGGCCCUUUCUCAAAGGAGCUGGAGAACUUCCCAGGGUUGAAUUCGAUCAACAGGUCCCUUGAAGAGUUGAAAUUGUUUGGAUGGGAGACACUAACCCAGCUGCCACAUCAAAUUCAAUACCUCACUGCUCUAAAGGAGUUGGAGAUAUGGAACUUUGAUAAACUGCAAGCUUUGCCAGAGUGGUUGGGAAACUUGUCCUCCCUUCAACGUCUAGAGAUCAGGAGAUGCAGGAAUCUGAAACAUCUUCCUUCUGCAGAAGCCAUCAGAUGCCUCUCCAAAUUGAAAGAGCUUCGAAUUGGAUAUUGCCCCGAGUUAAAGGAAAGAUACAACAAGGAAAGUGGUCCUGAGUGGUCCAAGAUUUCUCACAUUCCAAACGUUAGAAUUGAAUAUGAUGGAAACGGUCAGCCAACCCCAAGAGCAGGUCAGUCAAAAGCCAAAUAGCCAGUUACUCAUACGAAAGGCCUUUGAUUUAUGACAGUCAUACAUGAAUUCAUCAGGAGUUGUAGAUUCAGAGUAGCAUAUGCACUUUCAUAUUCAAGUUAUCUCAUACCUCUUGACAGUUGUAAUCAAAUGACAUACAGCCUCAAUGGAAAUUUGCUAGAGACAGAUUUGAACAAAAGUACAAGUUAGCCCCAAGAAGAACACUUCAACCACGGUGGAGGGAUGUGAUUAGCCAGUUGGUUCAUGAUGGAUGUUAGCAAUAUUGUUUUGGAUGGCAUCAGAUUUAACUGAGCCUUAAGUUAUCUCAUUCAUGAAGGUAUUAUCGAGCACAAUCAGACUCUGCUGCUCCUGAAUUGCAGAAGCUUCUUUGCUUGUUGAUUAUGCUAAGACUUGCAACAUGAUCACAGAUGGCCACAACUUUGAAACUUUUUAUGCUUGGUAUGAUUAAAAGGCUGGAGAAUAAUCCAUAAUGGUCAAGCCUCUAGUCCACUUGGAGGUUUUUGGAUAUUGAAGCUCUAGAUCAAACUAGAGGUGUAACUUCUCACAGGAUUUGAAUUACUUCUGGCUACAUGUCCCAGUUCAUCUUUGGCAACAUCUAAAGGAGCUGAUCCUCAAGUUCAUGCUCGGAACUGCUUUGUUUUAUUCUUUGCAUAAUGUUGAGUUGGUCUCUUCGUUGAGCCACCCCCAAAAUAUUUGCUUGAGAUCCUGGUAGUAGACUAGUAGUGGAGAGCUCAGGCUGAACUUGUUAUCCAUUCUGCUCUUGCACUCAACUCCAUUUGGUAUAUGUGACAUUCUCCCCCUGGGGUUGAAUUUUGAUACUGAAACCAGGGAGUAUCUUAGAUGGGUAUAUAUCAUCAAAAAUCCCUUGAAUUAUGAAAAAUGUACUUAAAAAAAAAAGUGUAUCUUU